AUGGAAAUACGCCCUGAUGACGUCAUGAUAUGCUCGUAUCCCAAGGCAGGACUCCAUUGGCACCAAGAGAUAGUGAACAUGCUCCUGCACAAAGCGGACACGUUGAGCACAGAGAAAAGAAAUAACAUUUGUUUCUUAGACUUACACCAAAUACACAUCUUUGCCAACACAGCCUCCCCCAGGCUUCUCUUAACUCACGCGCCGUUUAGAUACUUACCCAAGAAAGCUUUGAAAAAGAAAAUUAAAAUAAUUUACUUGGACAGAAACCCCAAAGACGUUCUUGUCUCUUUCUACAACCAUAUGAAAAAAACCGUGCAUCCACUACAUUAUCCGGGAACAUUUGAGCACUUUGUUUAUCUGAACAUGGAAGUUGGUUAUUAUUACGGAGAUAUAUUUACUUACCUGAUGGACUGGCAAGACGGUAUUGACUCUAAUCCGGAUGUUCCAUUCCACACAUCAGUGUACGAGGAUAUGAUAACAGAUGAAAAAGUUGGCGUGAAAAAACUGAAUGAGUUUCUGGGGACUGGAUGUAGCGAGGAGCUGUGUGAGAAGAUAGCAGAGGCUUGUAGCUUCGACAGUAUGAAACCAUUUAAAGAAGCCAAUGCAUCAGUAGUAGAAAAUGCUUGGUUUCGAAAUAGAAAAAUUGGCUUCUACAGAAAAGGUGCAGUAGGUGACUGGAAAAACUGGUUCACUGAAGCUUUAAACGAAGAAUUCGACAGAGAAUACAAGAAACAUAUGGCUGGCUACAGGACUGUUUACAAAUAUUUAGAGUAA